GGAGGCAGGGACAGACCAGGCAGCGCACCUUGAGGGAGAAGGGCAGGCGUUAUGGCCCUGGGCGCGCCCAACAUGCUCCAGGGGCUUCUUCUGACGGCCACUUUCCUCCUUUCACCAGCUCCAGUGAAUGCUAUAAAGGAACUCUCUGGAGUAAGAAAUUAUGAAGUGGUUUUUCCCAGAAGACUUCAUUCACUACAGAAAAGAGAGGUUGAGGAGGGAGCAAAACAGGAAAAAUUUGAAACCGAAUUGAAGUAUGAAAUGACAGUCGAUGGGAAAAUUGCAGUGCUUUCCUUGAAAAAAAGCAAGGGUCUACUUGCACCAGGUUACACGGAAACACAUUAUAAUUCCACUGGAGGGGAGGUCACCACAAGCCCACAGAUCAUGGAUGACUGUUAUUACCAAGGACAUGUUAUUAAUGAAAAUGUUUCUGAUGCAAGCAUUAGCACAUGUAGGGGUUUAAGGGGCUACUUCAGUCAGGGAGAUCAAAGGUACUUCAUUGAACCGUUAAGCCCCACAAAUCAGGAUGCACAGGAACAUGCACUCUUCAAGUAUGAUCCCGAGGAAGACAAGGCUAACGGCACCUGUGGGAUGGAUGACAUGUUAUGGGUACAUGGAUUUCGGCAGAAUGAUGUCCCGCCUGCCACUAGAAUGGUGAAAUCAAAAGACCGGAAGGGUCGGAAAUCUAAGAAAUACAUAGAGUAUUAUUUGGUCCUGGAUAAUGGUGAGUUUAAAAAGUACGAUCAAGAUCCAGAGGAAAUAAGAAAGAGGGUGUUUGAAAUGGCCAAUUAUGUCAACAUGCUUUAUAAAAAGCUGAAUACUCAUGUGGCCCUAGUUGGCAUAGAAAUCUGGAAUGAUGAGGAUAAAAUAACGAUAACCCCAAAUGCAAGCUUCACCUUGGAAAAUUUUUCUAAAUGGAGGGGAAGUAUCCUUCCAAGAAGAAAGCGUCAUGAUAUCGCUCAGUUAAUCACAGCAACACAACUUUCUGGGACAACCGUGGGCCUUGCCUUCAUGUCUACAAUGUGCUCUCCUUAUCAUUCUGUUGGCAUUGUUCAGGACCACAGUGACAAUGUGCUUAGAGUGGCAGGAACGAUGGCCCAUGAAAUGGGCCAUAACUUUGGAAUGUUUCAUGACUCCUAUACUUGCAAGUGCCCUUCUACAAUAUGUGUGAUGGACAGAGCACUAAGCUUCUAUAUUCCUACAGACUUCAGCUCCUGUAGCCGCAGCAGCUAUGAUAACUUCUUUGAAGAUAAAUUAUCAAAUUGCCUCUUCAAUGUUCCAUUGCCUACAGAUAUCAUAUCCGCCCCAAUCUGUGGGAACCAGCUGGUAGAAAUGGGAGAGGACUGUGAUUGUGGGACUCCCGAGGAAUGUGCCAACAUUUGCUGUGAUGCUAAAACCUGUAAAAUUAAAGCAAGUUUUCAAUGUGCUUUAGGAGAAUGCUGUGAAAAGUGCCAGUUUAAAAAGCCUGGUGCAGUGUGCAGACCAGCAAAAGAUGAGUGUGACCUGCCAGAAAUGUGUGAUGGCAAAUCUGGUAUUUGCCCUGAUGAUAGAUUCCGAGUCAACGGCUUCCCUUAUCCUUCUCAGAUGAGAACCAACGUUGCAGAUAAAUCGUGUUACAGCAGGAAUGAAGGUGGGUCAAGGUAUGGGUACUGUCGCAAAGUGGACGGCACACACAUUCCCUGCAAACCAACUGAUGCCAUGUGUGGGAAGUUGUUCUGUCAAGGUGGGUCAGAUAAUUUGUUCUGGAGAGGACAUAUAGUAACUUUCCUGACAUGUAAAACAUUUGAUCCAGAAGACAGCAGUCAAGAAAUAGGCAUGGUAGCUAAUGGAACUAAGUGUGGAAACAGGAAGGUCUGUAUUAAUGCAGAAUGUGUGGAUAUUGAAAGAGCCUACAAAUCAACCAAUUGCUCCUCCAAGUGCAAAGGACAUGCCGUGUGUGACCAUGAGCUCCAGUGUCAGUGCAAAGAAGGAUGGGCCCCUCCGGACUGUGAUGACUCCACAGUGGUCUUCCACUUCUCCAUUGUGGUCGGGGUGCUGUUCCCCGUGGCUGUCAUAUUUGUGGUGGUUGCUGUAGUGAUCUGGCACCAAAGCACCAGACGAAAGCAGAAGAAAGUCCAGAGGCCACCAUCUACCACUGGCACCAGGCCACACAAACAGAAGAGGAACCCACAGAUGGUGAAGGCGGUACAACCCCAAGAGAUGACUCAGAUGAAGCUCCAUACACCUGAUCUGCCACCAGAGGGCAAUGAACCUCCAGCUUCUUUUCUAAUUACAAAGCCAGAUUUUCCACCACCACCAAUACCUACGACUGUGACAUCUUCCUCUUUCCUUCAUGCCACAAAAGUGCUUCCCUCUCCUGUUUUUAAGGAUAAAUCAGUGUCAACACCUAAGGGUUUCAAUCCAAAAGUCUGAAGCAGCAACUAAGUAGGGUUGGCGAGUAAUGAUUAGCUUGGAAGACCGGACAAUCUGGAUGGAAGAGAAAUGUACUUAACCUCUCCUUAUUAUUUGCUCUUGAUACCCAAGGAUGUUAACAUUUCUUGAUUCAUGUUAUACUUUGAGAUUAAACAAAAAUUUUCAAGAGAGA